AUGCCAUCAGCUACAACUCUGGGAUCAGCCCUGGGAUCAGCCGCGUGCGCGAACGGCGAGCAGUGGCAGCAGGCUCUCCCACUGCUCAGCGAGAUGUGGGAGGCGAAGGUGGGGCCAAGCGUCAUCAGCUACAGUUCUGGGAUCAGCGCAUGCGCGAGAGGCGAGCAGUGGCAGCGGGCUCUCUCACUGCCCAGCGAGAUGGGGGAGGCGAAGGUGGAGCCAGAGGCCAUCAGCUAUAGCUCUGGGAUCAGC